CCAGGCGGGGCGAGGGGGCGGCUGCCGCGCAGACUCAGGCCGGCCCUCGCCCCUGCCUGCCUAGCGUCCUCCGCAGCUCGGCGCGGCAUGGCUCUGCGGCUGCUGUUGGGCCGAGCGACGAGGCCAGCUCCGCUGUGCUGCUCUUUGAGGAGAACUAGUUCUAAUGUGGAAGGAAAGUCUGAACCUAUACAGAAAUCCCCUAAAAAAUCAAAAUUACCAGUAGGUCGUCUUGAUGAACCAGAGGAGUCCAAUAGAGAGAGAGAACCACUGGAAAAAUUUCCAGAUGACAUCAAUCCUGCUACAAAGGAAAAGGGUGGACCCAAAGGCCCUGAACCUACUCGUUAUGGAGAUUGGGAGAGAAAAGGACGUUGUAUAGAUUUUUAAUGCACAAAUGUAUCUAUAUUGCUAAUAGUAUGUUUGAUACUUGUUUAAAGAAUUUACUGUAGAUAGAGAAAUUUCACCUAAUUGUUCCUUUUAAUUUUUAAAUGGAGCUUCUUUUUUCCAACAUGUAUUUGAGGAAUAUCCUGAGGAAUGAUUUCUGCAAAUAAACAUUUAGUCAAUAUUAACCUUUUUAGUCCUCUUUUACUUAUAUAUUAAAUUCAUUUGCGUAUUACUCCUGGGGGAAUUCUGCACCAAAAAAUGAAAAAUUCUGCACACAAUAUUUGAAAAUUCUGCAUAUUUUAUUUGUCAAAAUAACACAGUGUAAUCGUGCCAGUUUCAGUUAUUUUGGUAAUUUAUUUCAAAAUAUCUGUCAGUAAAUAUGUUUGUAACAAUACA